GCACUCCUCUUUCAACUCUAUAUCAACGGCCAUGAAACCGAAUAUAUCAGCCCCACAAGAUCCAAUGGUUCAAAUCACACCUCCUAAUAAAGAUCAGCCGCAACACCAUUAGGGUUUCCAUUUUCUUUUUGUCUUGCUCGAUACUCUACAAGGCACACUACAGAGAAACCCUUCAUUUCUCCUCUCUUUUCCUCUCCAUUUUCUCGGGAAAAUCAUGGGGAAAGGCCCUGGUCUCUACGCCGAUAUUGGCAAGAAAGCCAGAGAUCUUCUCUACAAGGAUUACCAGGGGGACCACAAAUUCACUUUCACUACCUACACUUCGACUGGAGUUGCUAUCACUUCAACUGGAGUUAAGAAAGGUGAAUUGUAUUUGGCAGACGUAAGCAGUCAGUUGAAGAACAAGAAUAUCACAACUGAUGUGAAAGUGGACACAAACUCCAAUCUUUUCACAACCAUCACAGUUGAUCAGCCUGCUCCUGGACUCAAGACAAUCUUCAGCUUCAAAGUUCCUGAUCAGAGAUCUGGCAAGGUGGAACUACAGUACCAGCACGAGUAUGCUGGGAUAAGCACUAGCAUUGGAUUCACUGCAAAUCCAAUUGUUAACUUCUCAGGUGUGGUGGGAAACAAUGCUGUUGCUGUUGGGACUGAUCUCUCAUUUGACACUGCCACUGGGAACUUCACCAAAUUGAAUGCAGGGUUGAGUUAUACCAAUGCUGACCUUAUUGCUUCUCUUACAGUGAAUGAGAAAGGAGAUACUCUUAAUGCUUCCUAUUACCACACAGUGAGCCCAUUGACUAAUACAGCAGUUGGUGCAGAGCUGACGCACAGUUUUUCAAGCAAUGAGAACACAUUGACUAUUGGCACACAGCACGCGCUUGACCCCUUAACCACAGUGAAGGCUCGGGUUAACAACUAUGGCAGGGCAAGUGCUCUCAUUCAGCAUGAGUGGCGCCCCAAGUCUCUUUUCACAAUCUCUGGAGAGGUAGACACAAGGGCAAUUGAAAAGAGUGCUAAGAUUGGAUUGGCAGUGGCUCUCAAGCCCUAGACCAAACAGCCUCUUUUUUUUUGUUUGGGCGAGUGGAAGGCUGCCCCUUGCCUUUUUCUAGCAGUGAAGAGCAAUAAUGCGAUGAAAAAUGACACUUGUCCCUUUUUUUCUUUCUAUAUCUUCUUUUAAUCAAGUGAACAUUCCAUCUGUUUCUAUCGUCUUAUUGGAUUCACAUAUGUUGGUUGUAGAAAAUAAUUCUAGUUGGUGUCAGGAACCAUUUUCUAUUUGUUCUUUUGGAAUAUGCAUCCUCCCCAAAUUGAGGGUAUACAUGCUUAAGCAUUACAGCACGCACAUGAAACUUUUAUUUCAAUGUGAUUGUUGUUUAUUACUU